UCGAGGAAGGAAGGCAGGAGCGAGGAAGCUGGAAGUCAAGAUGGAGAGUGCUAGUUGCUCUGCGGUGGGUGUGGGGAACGGAGACAUGGGGUCCCAGCGGGACCGCAGCCUGGUGCCCGAGCGGCUUCAGAGGCGAGAACAAGAGCGGCAGCUGGAGGUGGAAAGACGGAAGCAGAAGCGGCAGGACCAGGAGGUGGAGGAGGAGACGAGCGACUUUUUCGCCGCCGCCUUCGCUCGGGAGCGGGCGGCCGUGGAAGAGCUUCUGGAGGGCGGGCAGUCCGUCGAGCGGCUGGAGGAGGCGGCCGCUCGGCUCCAGGGGCUGCAGAAACUUGUCAAUGACUCGGUGUUGUUCCUGACCGCCUACGACCUGCGGCAGGGACAAGAGGUGCUGGCGCGGCUGCAGGCGGCCCUGGGCGAGCGGCGCCAGGAGCUACAGCCCAAGAAGCGUUUUGCUUUCAAGACCCGGAGGAGGGAUGCUGCUUCGGCUGCCAAAGUAGACGCGGCUCCCGGCGCCCUGGCGGCGAAAGACAUCCUGGUCUCCCCGCCGCCCUUGAAGGAGGAGGGAGGCUUCGGCUCCAGCUACGUCUGCGGCUUCUCCAACCUGGAGUCCCAAGUCUUGGAGAAGAGAGCGGAGGAACUGCACCAGCGCGACGUCCUUUUGACCGAACUGAGCAACUGCACGAUCAAACUGUUUGGCAAUCCCAACACACUGCGGCUGACCAAGGCCCGCCGCUGCACGGUGCUCUGCGGCCCGGUGUCCACCUCCGUGUUCCUGGAGGACUGCAGUGAGUGCGUGCUGGCCGUGGCCUGCCAGCAGCUCCGCGUACACACUACGAGAGACACCCGCAUCUUCCUGCAGGUGACCAGCAGGGCCAUCGUCGAGGACUGCAACGGGAUCCAGUUCGCUCCUUACGCCUGCAGCUACCCGGGGAUCGACAAGGACUUCGAGGGCUCUGGUUUAGAUAGGAGCAAAAAUAACUGGAAAGACGUUGACGAUUUCAACUGGCUGUGCCGGGAUGAGGCCUCCCCGAACUGGAGUAUUCUUCCAGAAGAAGAGCGAAUGGUCCAGUGGGACUAAGCAAUUGUCACUCGGUUCUUCACUCCUACCAAAUACUUCCCAUGUGGGACUGACUCCAGCUAAUGGGACCCCAAAGUUUACUUACUGUAGUAUUUUAAGACUUGAGAUUGUGAUAGGCUCUACUGUGAUUUCCAUUAAAUUAUGACAGAUGUGA